AUGUGAUGAAAUGACAACACUGUAAUAUAUGAUAACGAUAUGAUGACGAUGAUGAUAACACAAAGAUGAUGAUGACAAUGUGAUGAAAAUGACAACACUGUAAUAUGUGACAGCGACAUGAUGACGAUGAUGACAACACAAAGAUCAUGAUGAUGAUGACAACAAUGUGAUGAAGAUGAAGCAGAUGACCACACAGUGAUAUAGGUGACACCGAUAUGAUGAAGAAUACAACAAUAUGAUACAGAUGAAAGCACCAUGUAGUAGACAAAGAAGGCGGAUGAUGCUUCUGGCAACCGGGCUUCUCACUUGCUUCUAUGUCUGUCUGCGAUGGGUCGCACGGGACAACCACCAAACCAGUUACAAUAGUAGUCUUGGCACAAUAAACGAAAACGGUAAAAACAAAUUCAUGGGUCUGUACUUCAAGAAACUGCUGAAUCUGAUCAUGGCUUGGUUCCUUAUCAAGGACGAGAACCAAAAGGACGAACUGUUGAACAAACAUCGCUUCGUGUUUGGCUUGAAUUCCAGGCAGUGUCUCAAUGUUACUAUCAAUGUUUUGAUUGUUGUACAUUCUGAUCCAAGAAAUGUUGAGAAACGAGCCGUGAUACGUAACACAUGGGGAUCAGUGAGCAAGUUUAGAAAUACGUCAGUUGCGUGUGUGUUCAUGAUGGGACAACGAAAUGCCAUUCAACCAGAGAUUGUCCAAGAAUCCCGAUUGUUUGGGGACAUUGUUCAAGGAAACUUUGAAGACAGCUACGAUAACUUGACGUAUAAACAUGUAAUGGCGCUUCAUUGGGUGAUUACUCAAUGUCAUGACGUGAGAACGAUUGUCAAACUUGACGAUGAUGUGUUUGUCAAUAUUUUCAAAGUAGUAGACUUUUCGCUAACUACUGGACACUACCACAACAGUUUGUACUGCAACAUCUUACAGAAUGGUAGGCCAUAUCGAAGGGAAGGAAAAUGGAUCACUAGUAGGGAAGACUAUCCUUUCGAGUUUUACCCCAAUUACUGUGAAGGUAUGGCCUAUAUUUUAUCAGUGGAUGAGGCUAGAAGAUUGAUAAAAGCCUCAGAAAACACGCGAUUCUAUUGGAUAGAUGAUGUUUACGUCACAGGUAUUCUUGCAUACAAGGUUGGAAUUGGCCGUACACAGUUGGCUGAAACUCACAGAUCUCUCAGAGCAGAUUUUUUAGACAAUGAAUAUGAGACUACAGUCAAGGAUGUUCUCUUUUUCCAUGAUUUCAAAACUUCAGCAUCUUUAUGGAAUAAGGUCAGGUCUCAGUGCUGUUCAACCUAGAUGUUUGCUGUAGAUCACCUUGUUCAAAUCUGUUUAAGCGUAUCGCGUCAUCGAUAUAUUGGAAAGAAAUCGCCAAUCGUGGUUUUCUCGAAAUCUCGCAAAAUACCUUAUGAUAUUCAAUAUAACACAAAACCAGUCAUCAGUUUUAUUACUUUUUAUCCCCCCGUAUCGAUAGUUGUUGCUUCAUGUAUAUUGUUUCGCGUAAUUAAAACGUAUCAAUGACAAAAAU